CUGACAGAGACUCUCCUCUUCCAUCGGAUGAUGGCGCUUUGAUAGACCCGCGGCGAGCUGGAGCUGGUUUCAAGGUGGACGAGACGCGAGGAGAGACUGCCGAACGAGCGGUGGCGCCUCUUGCAAUUGGAGGCGGCGUCGGUGAAGGAGACGAGGACGAUGAGAUGCGGCGAGCAGUAGUGUGAGUUGAUCUAGAGGAAGCAGCGGUGGUGGUCAUGACGAUGAAGACGGCGGCCUGAGCAGGGCGCGAAUGACAAGGUUGAGGCUGGCCAGGAACUGCAUACGCGAAAAGUAAAAGGCUGAUGGUGCCACGUGGUGCAAGCCUUAAUAAAUGAAUGGAUAAUGGCAUCCACAAUCCUCGACCAAAUUCCCUGCGAAACUCUCGAGGCGCUGCUUUCCUCUGUCCGACCCUGUCAGCGCUCUGUCCAAGCACCAGAAUCUCUCUUCAAGCCUGGAGAUGUCCUCGAGCUCCAGGGCCCCUCUGCCUCUGGAAAAUCACAUUUCCUAUGGUACAUCAUUAUUCGGUGUAUACUACCCACCUCUCAUGAUGGAUGGGCCAAGGCCGCGGUCCUGUUCGACACAGACAGCACAUUCGACGUCCGUCGCUUCAGAACGAUCCUAUCAUCUCACCUAUGCAAGCUUGGCGUGCCCGCGGUUUCUGUCGGUCCAUUGAUGCAGACAGCCAUGUCCAAUUUUCACGUAUUCCGUCCGGGAUCAUCCAUGCAACUCGCUGCGAGUCUCGCGAAUCUUCCUUCGUAUCAUGCGAGCUCUCUAUCUGCGUCUGAAAUCGGCCUGGUGGCCGUCGAUUCAAUGAGCACUUUUUACUGGCCAGACCGUUUUGGUGUUGAACUCCUUCGGUCUUGCAUGAAACAGUAUGAACCAAGUCGGUCCAUCUAUCCCCUUCAUAAUAUUGCUGCCGUCUUGGAGCGCUUCCGUGUUUCCCAUAACGCUCUCAUCAUUUUGACCAAUUGGGGUCUUAACUUGGAAUCAACGGCCACUUCCACAUCACCAUUCUAUAAGCAACACUUGUACCCCUUCCCUUCCAAUUUUACCACAGAAGAUAGACCCUCGAUGGCAAAAUUUUCCCCCCAUCUUCCUUUGACGUCGCCACUAUCCCUGACUGCCCACAUUACUUUUGCUCCCGCCCGACUCCGUCAAACAGAUCCACUCUCCACAGAUCACAAAACAGAAAGUUUUGCAGAAAUCGAAUGUAUUUGCCGCUUCCUCGACAGGGCUCAAUGUCGUUUCAGAAUCAAAGUUACAUCAGACGAUGUAUUUGUUGAUAUGAAUCCGUUGAUGCUCUGAACCAGCUUAUCUUCUUAGUGCAUCGAGUUGCUAAGCGAUCUUCGCCAGAACUCUAUAAUAUCCGACACUGCUGACUCAAUACCAACCUGAUACACUGGCUGAUACACUGUUGGCGGGCAUCUUGGUGAGCGUUCGUAUCGUGAGAAUGUAUGAUUAAUGGACUUUGGUGAAAACUUCCAUGGCUGUGUGCAAGGGCCACUGAUGUCGUUAGCAAAUUUGAAUGAAUAUUUUUGACUCACGCCGCCGUAGUAGUAUUAUUGUCUUCAUGCCAGCGAUGGCUCGGCG